AUGGUGAAUGACACUCGAGUCAAGGUAGGGGCCCAGAUCAAAUAUCUGGGUCUCCACAUAGAUGAAACCUGGAGAUUUGAGCAGCAUCUCCAGAAACUGGGUCCCAGAUUAGACGCAGCGGCAAACUCUCUCUCGAGGGUAAUGCCGAAUUUAGGUGGGCUGUGCGGGAGAACGAGGAAGCUCUACGCGAAUGUAGUCAACCCUAUCGCUCUAUACGGUGCCCCCAUAUGGGCGUCUGCCUUAAUAGAUAAUAGCAAAGCCACCUCGGUACUGAGGAAAACUCAGCGCCGGAUGGCGAUUAGGGCGAUAAGGGGGUACCGCACGGUCUCCCGUGCGGCUGCCACCUUACUAGCGGGCAUGCCCCCAAUAGAGCUCCUGGCGGGCUCUUACGCAAUGGCGUACGAGAGAGUUGCGACCCUCAAGGCAGAGGUAGUCCAGGUUACGGACAGGGCAAGGAGGAUGAUAAACCUACAGAUCAAGAGAGCGGUGAGGGAGGAGUGGCGAUUGUGGUUGGAGGAACCGACCUGUGCGGGCCAGCGCACGGUCGGAGCCAGCCUCCCUCACCUAGAGGGAUGGCUUGACCGUCCCUGCGCCAGAGCGUCCUUUAGGACGUCGCAGGUACUCACCGGACAUGGUUGUUUCGGUGAGUACCUGCACAGGAUAGGCCGCGAAUUAACGCCGCAAUGCCACCAUUGCGAGGUAGAGACGAGGGACACGGCACAGCACACCCUGGACAGCUGCUCGGCAUGGGAUGCCCAACGCCGUGUCCUCUCGGACUGCAUAGGAGUGGACCUCUCGCUCCCGGCGGUGGUUGAGGCCAUCAUGGAGCGGGAGGAUGCUUGGGAGGCUUUCUCCUCCUUCUGCGAGCAUGUUAUGCUGCAGAAGGAGGAGGCUGAGCGU